AUGACCGAAAGUAAUAAACAAUUACAAUAUGAAGAAUUGUCUUUAUUAAUCUCCAUGUUUAACGAUAAUGAAUUUAAGUGGGUUGGCAAUCAAGACCAAUUGGAACAUUGGAAGUCUGCAUUAGAUAAGUUUAUGUCAAUUCAUGAUGUUUCUGGCUUAGAUGUUUCUCCCUUUCGAUUUCGAAUUUUACUGGAUAUGGGUGAAAAUUGGUUCAACGUGUUUCUACCUUGUCGAUAUCCAGAAAUUAGACCAGAAUGUUAUUUUUCAUCUGACACAGUCACUAAACUAACGUGGACUGAAAUAAAUCAGGAAAUUGAAAAUAAGCUGAAUGAAAGAUGUGAUGGCGGUUGGUGUCGAUUUUCUAUUCUGUUUAGAACGUUCGGUGUAACAUUGAAUCACCAUCAUAUAAAAUCAUUCUUGCAGCAACGGGAUAUUGCAGAAACAUCAAUCCCUGAGCUUCCUCAAAUUGAUGAAAAAAAGGAAUGCUCGUUUAAAAUUUGUCGAAUUUUGAUAUGGACACAUCAUUUAUUAUCAUUUGAAAAGAGAAAGUGUAUAUGUCGAUGGGCUAAUGAAUUAGGAAUAUGGGGGUUUUCAAAACCUGGAUACCCCGGAAUAAUUAUUGUGGAAGGAUUAUAUGAUAAUGUUCAAGAUUACAUUUCUAGAUUAAAGAGUUUAAGAUGGCAAGCGAUUACUAUCCUUUCGGAAGAGUCUGAAGUAAUCUAUAACUUACCAUUGCAUGAUCAUGAUAAAUUUAUAAAAAUAAGACUGGGACGUAUUAAACCUGGAGUCUCUGAAUUUGAGUGCAUGUCAGAAAUUUCUUCAAAAAUGAAAGAGGCAGGAUUGGAAGAAAUGUUUCUGUCAGCUAUGAAGAUUAAUAAAAAAUCAGACAAAUCAUUAACAUAA